AUGGCCAAGGCACGCGUCAAGAAGCGCACUCACCAGAAGCCCCAGAAUGCCUCCGCUGUGAAGGGCACUGCGGCCUCGAUGUCCAAGACUCCCAAGUCCAUGGUCAUUCGUGUAGGCGCUUCUCAAGUUGGUAGCAGCGUUUCCCAAUUAGUGAAAGAUGUUCGCAAGAUGAUGGAGCCGGAUACUGCCGUGCGAUUGAAGGAACGCAAAUCCAACAGACUGCGAGACUAUACUGUCAUGACCGGACCCCUCGGCGUCACUCAUCUGAUGCUGUUCUCCAAGUCCGCAACCGGAAACACAAAUAUGCGACUGGCGGUGACCCCCCGAGGACCGACUCUUCACUUCAAGGUCGAGAACUACUCGCUGUGCAAGGACAUUGAAAGAGCCAUGAAGCGACCAAGAAGUGGUGGACAGGAUCACAAGACCCCGCCUCUACUGGUCAUGAACAACUUCACCACCCCAGACGCAACCGAAGAAUCAAAAGUGCCCAAGCGCCUCGAGACCCUCACGACCACCAUCUUCCAAUCCCUCUUCCCUCCCAUCAACCCUCAAAGCCAGCCUCUGUCCUCCAUUCGCCGUGUCAUGCUGCUCAACCGCGAGCCCACUGAAAAGGACGACGAUUCGUAUAUCUUGACUCUUCGCCACUACGCCAUUGCCACAAAGAAGACCGGUGUGUCGAAGCGCAUCCGCCGCCUGGAUCCCAAAGAGAUCCGUAACCGAGACAAGAAGAAGACGGCAGUUCCCAACCUCGGCAAGCUCGAAGAUGCCGCCGAUUACCUACUCGAUCCCUCUGCCGCAGGCUACACAUCAGCAAGUGAGACUGAGCUCGACACCGAUGCGGAGGUUGAGGUCGCCGAGAGCACCACCCGCCGCGUGCUGAACAAGCGUGAGAUGCAGCGUCAAAAGGCCGCAGAGAAGGGUCAGGACAAGCCCAGUGCAACUCCCGGUGUCGAGAAGCGGGCUGUGAAGCUGGUCGAGCUGGGACCUCGUCUGAAGCUUCGCUUGAUGAAGGUUGAGGACGGAGUGUGUGAUGGCAAGAUCAUGUGGCACGACUUCAUCACGAAAUCCGACAAGGAGGUGCGCAAGCUGGAUCAGAGUUGGGAUGUCAAGCGGAAGGAGAAGGAGCAGCGCAAGAAGCUGCAGAAGGAGAACAUUGAGCGGAAGAAGAAGGAGAAGGCUAGUGCCAAGGCCAAUGGCAAGGAAGUGGCUGAUGAUGAGGAUGUGGACAUGGACGAUGAGGCCGAUUGGCUCAGCGAUGAUGACUUCGAUCAGGGCGAGGGUGAACCAGACAACGACUCCGAAUCCGAAGCUGAUUCGGACGACUCGAUGGAGGAGUAG